AUGUCCUCGAGCCGGCAGCGGAUCCCCCAGCUAAAAAACCCCACGUUACCCAACCAGACGACGCCCGAGCAGCGCUACUGGCGCCGGUUCACCAACCCCCAGCUCAUCAAGGAAAGCCGAGCCAUCAACCACAUCGAAUUCAACCCGGCCACCAUGGACUUCGCGGUGACCCUGCUGACUCGAAUCCAAGUGUUCAGCCACAAGACCCGUCAGGUGAUCAAGACGUUUCUGAGGUUCAAGGAUGUGGUCUACACUGGCUCCUACAGAUACGACGGUAAGCUUAUGGUGGCGUCGGACGCCACUGGCCUCGUCCUGAUCUACGACGCCUACAAUACUCGCGCCCUCCUCGUCAGCUUACAGCCGCUGUCCCACCCCACCCACGCCGCCAAGUUCCAUCCGCUGAUCGGCAACCACUUGGUUACAGGCUCCGACGACCGCGUGCUCCGAGUGUGGGACAUCAGUCAGCUGGCUCUGGGCCCCAUCCACUCGUUUGACGGCCAUGGCGACUAUAUCCGCAGUGUCGGGUUUAUCCCCGGUAACCCUAACCUCAUCACCUCGGGGUGCUAUGAUGGCAUCGUGCGUGUGUUUGAUACCCGUUCCCACGAGAAGAUCGCUGAGUUUGACCAGCAGAACCCCGUGGAAGACGUCCUUGCUCUCUCGCCCACCACCUUAGUGUCGGCGGGGGGACCCCUGGUGAAGAUCUGGGAUCUUGCUCGGGGUAAGAAGAUCAACCAGUUGGAUAACUUCACUAAGACCGCUACCUGUUUGCACGACACUGGCGACCAAGGUUUGCUUGUGGGGUCGCUUGAUGGCCACGUUAAGGUGUUUGACUACACUACGUCCAACUUUGACGUCAAAUUUGGGUGGAAGUUUGCUCUGGGAGGGGUUCUUUCGUGUGCCGUUUCUCCUGGCGACCAUAAGCACUUUGUCACUGGGUUGACGCUGGGGCUUAUCCUGGUGAGAUCGCGUAAGACCGAGCCCAGAGUGGCCCAAGGUGUGAAGCAGGAGAAGCUGAGUGCAUACAACCGGAUGAUGAAGGGGAAGGACUACUUGGGGGAAGAAGAACACCGCAUUAUCUACUCGCAAGCGCCGCAAACGAAAAAGCUCAAACAGUUUGAAAAAUAUUUACAGGCAUUCAAAUGGAGCGAUGCCCUUGAUCUGGCGUUUGUUUCUGGGGUUCCCAAGGAAACCACUUGCACUGUGCUUAAUGAAUUGAAGAAGCGGGGUAAGGUGAGAGUCGCUCUUUACGGUCGUGACGAAGUAUCGUUAGUGCCCAUCUUGACUUGGUUCACCAAGAACUUAGAGGACCAGCGGUCGUUUAAUUUGAUCUGUGACUACGUGGCGGUGAUCCUCGAAAUGUACGGCGUGCUCAUGGACAAGAGUGUGGUGUUGGAAGAGUGCUUGGCCAACUUGUUGCGCAAGGUGAACCAAGAGAUCCGCCGGUGCCGCGAAGCUAAUGAGAUCGGGGGGAUGUUGGAGUUGUUGACCGUUUAG